CCCCCCAUUUUACCAAUGAUCGACGCCUCAGUCAGCCUCAGACACAAUAGCACUCACCGUCUACCGUCUCCUCCACUGUUUCAUCCUCGCUGUCCAUGGCUUGUUCCUCCGCAAGUGACAGGCGACAGCAAGUUAUUCGGCGUGCGUGUUCCUCCCAGCUCUAGCUCCCCCUCCCUGCUGAGUAUAAUUGGUACACUCUGUUCCUCCCGGCGUUCCCGCGCCGCCUCUGAUUCGCUCCUGCUCCCUCUACUGGUGGCUGAGCGGUUCUGGAUUUGGCACCGGAUCUCGAAAACACAGGAUCUCUCAAACAUGGCUGAGGAUAAAGUGCUCCUUGCUGCCGUUUCUGUUCUUUCAGCUUGUCAGCUGGACCGGAUCUCGAAAACACAGGAUCUCUCAAACAUGGCUGAGGAUAAAGUGCUCCUUGCUGCCGUUUCUGUUCUUUCAGCUUGUCAGCUGGCCUUGUAUGCAGUGCUUGUGGGCAAGUCAAGGAUGAAGCAUAAAGUAAUCCCCCCUGCAGUGACUGGGCCACCAGAAUUUGAGAGAACCUUGCGUGCCCAACAAAACUAUGUGGAGUUCAUGCCAAUAUUCUUGGUACUGCUAUGGACCGCCGGCCUUUACUUUCAUCAAGAAACAGCAGCAGUUUUUGGCUUGCUAUACAUAAUAGCACGGCACAUCUACUUCAGAGGUUAUACUGGUUCUGUACAAGGCAGGGUUCCUGGAUUCCUGAUGUGUUUGGCACUACUGUUUUUGCUGCUUUUUAUGGCAGCUGUUGGCAUCACAGGCAGUCUUUUGAAGAAAUAUCUGGACCUUAAUAUUUUCAAAAAAAUGCAUAAGAUGAUAUAAUUAUUGGGAAGGUAUUGUACAUGUCUGAAUGCUUUUCUAGUGUGAAUAUCAUAUGAGUGUGUGCAUUUAUAUUGAUUUCAUAUAUCUGAUUGGCAUAUCAAAAUUGCAAUUUGUGUUGAGAGUUAAAAACAAGAUUGUACAGCUGAUCUACAAUGUUAAAACACAAUAAUUCAUGUUUAUUUAAAAUAUGUUAAAAGUUUAAGUUUGAUUUUUGAGUAUAAAAAAAACAUUUUUGUCUGAGAAUUUUGAUCAAAAAAAAAAUUCAAAUUUGAAAUUACUAUUCGACUCUUAAUAAAUCUAUCCCUUAAGAUUAAUCAAACAAGGAGAAUAAAUGCAUAAGUUGUAGAACAACCGUUGGAAAGAAGUCACUGCCACAAAAAGCUUACUAUCUACUAUCAUUUAUACAGUGAUUCAUGUGUAUAUAUGUGCUUGUGUAUACAGUAUAUAUAUUUUUCCACUUAGUUAUGCUCAGUAUUUGCAUUUAUUUAUCAAAAUAUAUUAAAAUUGUAGCCUAAGGAAGCUACCCAGUU